UCCAAUGAUGUUUGCGUAUUUCCGUUUUCCCGCCUUCUACCUGCUUGAGAAUCUGCGAGUCCUCUCGUGUCUCAGGAGAGCCGAAGAGCGGCGGCGAACCGAGUCAACUGAAGACCAAACCUCGCCGGCGCGCCGUACAACCGCCGACGACUGCACCAUGUCGCCAGCAUCCUCUGCCGCCGCCGCCGCUCCCGUACCCGGCGUCCUCAUCCGCCAAUCUCCGUCGACCCUGCGACCCUCCUUCACCGCCCGCCUCCUCCCCUCGGGGGCUGCGAGGCCGCUCCAAGCGACGUCGGCCUCCCGUCGCCUCCCUGCCUCGGCCGUGCGCGCCCAGAGCGCCGCCGACCCAGGGUACUUGCCUGAAUCGGAGUUCUACAAGAUCGAGGCCAUUGUUAGGCCGUGGAGGGUGCCGCACGUGUCCUCGGGCUUGUUGGAGAUGGGGAUCAGAGGUGUGACGGUGUCGGAUGUGCGGGGAUUUGGAGCGCAGGGAGGGUCAACGGAGCGGCAUGGAGGGUCAGAAUUUUCGGAAGAUACAUUUAUUGCUAAAGUCAAAAUGGAAAUAGUGGUUUGCAAGGAGCAGGUUGAAGCGGUAAUCGACAAAAUAAUUGAAAAGGCAAGAACAGGGGAAAUUGGCGAUGGGAAGAUAUUCUUGAUCCCUGUCUCUGAUGUGGUAAGAAUCCGCACCGGCGAACGCGGGAAGGAAGCAGAGAGGAUGACUGGAGGACUGUCGGAUAGGCUGUCCUCUGUGGUGUCAAUCUCCUGAGCCAAACAGAUUGGCUGCCUGUUGCGAGGUCAAGCGCGUCCCACCCCCCUGCACUUGCAAUUGUAAACUUGCGCAAUAAACUGCACACAGUGUGCUUCUUGCAAGUGCCGCCCGAAUCAUGCAGUGUGCGCUGGGCCUGAUCAAUAAAAUCCGAUGGAAUUGAUGACAAUUUGCC